GGUCAGCGGGGACGCCACUUGUUGGCCGAGUCAGUCGUGCGGCGCGAAACAGGUCGGCGGGAUGUGUUGAAUUCGCCGCGUGCCACUCACCAACCACACAUCGGCGCCAACAAAAAGAGCAACGGAGCCAUAAUGUUGACUGAGACUGCUAAUUGGUAGAGUGAGGUGAAGCAUUGCAAUGGGCUCUGACCCUGCAGUUGAAUAAGGAGAGAAGCAGCAGUAAUCUGAGCAAAACAUACCCGUCGGCUGACUCGCAUCGGCAAUGAUCAAGAACGAUAUGGAUCCAUACUACUCGCUGUACGAAGAUAUGAGGUAGAUGGACAUUGUCUACCGGGAUGAUAUCUCUAUUUCUGUCUGUACCGCUCACGUUGAUCUCUGUAGUCGGACUCGUCAUUAACGGAUACAUUUUGAUUGUCGUCAUUUUGUCUAGACAGAUCAGAACUGCCAACAACAUCCUCCUGUUCCACCUUGGCACCGUGGACAUCCUCCUCGGCGUUCUGUUCCUGAUCUUUACCGCGCCCGGAAAGAGGGGCAGCGACUGGUCGAUCGGGGGCGCCCCCUGCGUUCUCCACGGUUUUCUGUUCACGCUGCUACACCCCCUGGCGCUGUGGACGAUAUGCGGGCUCAACUGUGACAGGUACUACGUCAUCGCGGCCCCCCUGCACUACAGCCACAUCGUCAGCCCGAAAAAGGUCCUAGCUGGUCUAGGAUGCGGCUGGGCCAUAGCAAUUCUUCUAUGCAUUCCACCACUAUUCACGGUAGCUCCUUAUAGCUACAUACCAGGGUUGGGGGCGUGCGGACCCGAUUUUUCCGCAGGCGGAGGAACCUUGUGGUACUCCACCUUGUAUACGGCCUUUACGUUACUGCUACCCGCCACCGUCAUCAUAUGUUGCAACUUAAAAAUCCUCAUGAUAGCCCGCUACCACCGCCACCGAAUCGCCUCCGCCAUCUACGAGGUCACCCUGUCCGCCCAGGUAACCAUCACCCACCAAAGAAACCCCUUCUUCGUCCCGACGGUCACGACGCCAUCCUCCGGCGGCCCCAAGUUCCGCGGCCGCAGCGCCAUCUACAGCGUAUUCCAAUUGCUCGGCUCCUUCCUGCUCCUCUACGUCCCCUACUACGUCAUAAUCCUGUGGGAGGCCACGCUGGGCUCCAUGACCUCCACCAGCAACAAGAUGGUGUACGACGGCAAGCUCCACCCCCACUUCUACACCCUGGCGUCGACCCUACUGAUAUCCACCCUGCCGAUAAACGGUUUCCUGUACGGGGUCAAGAGCAAGACCCUGAGGAAGACAUUCCAAAACUACUGGAGGAAGAAACAGACCAAGAGCGAGGUGAAUCAGGAGAUCCAGGCUAGGACACCGUCGACGUGCGGGUCCAGGAGGCCCUCUUUAACGCCCUUGGGGUUCCUAAACAGACCUACCAUACAGAGGAGGCUUUCGGAGACGUUGUUCGACGUUAACAAGGCCAUGAGGAGCCCGAGCAGGAGCAGUAAGAUCAAGAGGAUAGCGUCGGAGAUCACCUGGAGGCCCGCUUCUGCUAACAGCCUGGAUUUGUCCCCGAAAGAAGAGUAUAUCAGGCAAAUCAAACAGACUAGCAGCUGUAACACCUUGCAAGUGCCGACUAACAACCAGGAAGUGGCGACGAUCACAGAGGACGAGAUCUACAUCAAGCUGAAGAAACAGGGCAAAACGUCGCCGACGAAAUCGAGCCCGACCAACAUCCUCCUGACCAAAUUGUUCAGCUUCGAGCACGACAAGCUCUCGAAAAAGACCGCCGCCGUGCAGGACGUGCUGGAGAGCACCCCCAGGAAAUCGCCCAAGAUACUGAUAACGCGAGCCUUCUCCGAGGAGAGCGACAAGAACUCGAACCCCAACACCCCCAGCAGGGAGAUCACCAAGAAGCACAGCACCUCAGCUUCGACUCUGAUAGAGAGGAAAUGGCGCCAGCUGAGAUACAAGGACGAAGACAGCGACUGCGACGGCCAGAAGUCCUACUACAACACAACGAAGCCCCUCCUAGACAACAGCUCGCUGGACAAUAGGUCCAGCGACUCCUCCGAGAAUUCGGAAACGUCCAGCGGACGGCUGUGCCUGGCCCUGGACCAGAGCCACCUGACCGACGGCGAAGCCGAGGCGGCCGAGGACCAGCUCCUCCUCUCGUGGAACACCCACAAAAAGUACAAGGGCGACGACAUCCGGAAGCCCCGGCCGAAUCUACUGAGACAGACUCUAGUCAACGUGCAAUCACCCGAGAUAGUACUUUAGUGAUAUUAUAGCCGUUAUGGUUUCCGUUCUCCUAGCCGUUUAAGUUCUCGAUGUGAUGUCUACAUGUGAUAAGCGACUUGUUCUGGGGUCUCCCUUUUGAACGGUACACUUUAUUUGUAUUUCGUAGCGGUGCCAGGUGGGUAACCUGGAAAAUACCCACGCAGGUGUCAAAAACUUAUUAAUUUGCUGAAAAACAACUAGGAAUCUUCGAAGGACCUUCGAACUUGAUCUCUAGGUCAUAGUCAAGGUCAUCAUCGAAUGAUCCCAGCAAACUAUAAAACUUUCAAUCAGAGUCCGUCGUAGAAAAUAUCCCAAAAUCGUAUUCUGAACCUUAUUUGACCUUAAAAUAACUCAAACAUUGACAUAAAGACAUAUCUGAACGUAACAUCUAUCUCUCCACAUCUAUCCAUUUCCUGUGUCAGAAAUACAUCUGCCACAUCUAAAAAUCCAAGUUGACCUUCAGAUGACCUCUACGGUUGACCUUCGUGCCAAGAUCAAGGUCACCAUCGAAUGUCCCCCUCAGAAACCUACAACUUUUGUUUAAAAAGUUUCUCUUGAAAGUCCUUCCCUAAUACGAGUAUUGCAAUCCGUUAUUUAAAAUGGAACACUCUGUAUAACAGACAACAACCAACAGUGGUAAAGAAAUUAACUUUCUUUAAUGCUACAAGUUAAUUAUAGAUGUUUAAAAUUAUGUAAAUAUUUAAAUUUUGUCACGUGAUCAAUUAAUUGUGACGUCAUUUAGUGCGGCAGAAAACAAUUGCAUUGUCGACGAGAUGCUUGUUGUCUUAUGCUGUCUGGAUGUUCUGCAUGGUCAAUUUUUUACCCAUCUUUCCCAUGUAGCGAGCAAUCUCAAAAAUUAACCUCCUGUCCCUGUGAAUGAUCUCGAUCACACUAAAUGACGUUUUGGAGUCAGCGUGGUAGCAAACAAUUGUUUAAAUUUUUAAUUAACAACCUCUAAGAGAUUUCUAAUAUUUUUGCUACAUGAUUAUGUCUAUUACUCAAUUAUUUCUAGAUAUUUAAAAAAUAUAUGAAAGUUAAUUUAAAAAAUAGUCUGAAAUCCCUAGACAUCAUUCUAGAUUCUCAAAUUUGAAAUAUUUUCCCCUAGAACUAGGGAAAAUCAGAAAAUCACCAAAUUUGGCAUCACCAGUAUUAGCACUAAGGCAUAAAAGUCAGAUUAAACUGGGUAUACUAGGUGUCCUGAUGCGGCUGAUUAAUCUCAGGGUUAUGCAAAUUGUAUAUAACAAAACAAUAACAUUUUGGGAUGUUCUGCAAGCAGUUUUUUGUUUUAUGUGGGAUCCAGCCAAGAAUGGAUAUGAACUAGUCGCGAACGAGUGGUAUGACGUCACAACAUGGCUGCCGUUCGUUUCUCCAACCUCCAAAUUCAUUAUUUAUUUUGAGGGAGAAAUCGUUGAAAAAUAAUUUAAAUUUUUUACCCAUUAACUUUAAAAUAUAAAUUAAAAUGAGCAAUGUGGAUUUAUAACUGACGAUAGCUACUUCUUUUUUAAAAAUUUUCAUGCUCAAUAAUUUUGUGUAUAUUGUCAUAAUUUACAUUUUAGAUUUUAUUUUUUUGCGUUUACGCUAGUCAAUAAGCAUUUUAAUGUAGAUAACAUUAAAGUUUUAUAAGGAGAAUAUGACACCGUGAUAAAAAAAUAAGAUGUCGUAUAAAUACCUACUAAUAAAAUCUUAUUACUUAUUAGUACGGAUUAAAUAAAAGUAAUCCUAAUUUGUACACGAUAUACAGGAUGUAACAGCGAGUGUUUUGAUUAAAGACUUCAUUGCAUAUAAGUUUAAUUUUAGAUUAUACAGGGUGAUUCAGAAUGUAUAUAAAAAAAGAAAUUUUAAAUGUACUCCUAC